AUGAUACCAAUCGCCUUCCUCGGCUACCAGCAUGUCGCUUUUGUCACACAAGAAAAACCAAGCCUAUGUGUCAAACAUGGGCAAGAAUGCAUGACCUUGACAGUGGACGACAAUGAGUCGCUCACUAGACAGUAUGAAGUUUCCCUCAGAGGACCCGCCACCACUACUAAUACGAACAAAAUCAUCAGAUACAUUGACGAUCUUGAACAAGAAGUUAAGUCCUUUGAGGAGAAACUAGCGACCAUAAAUCAAAACGAGCCCGUCUCCAGAGCGUCCCCAGCGCCUGUAGGCCCGUCUAACUUGCAGGACCACCGGGAGCAUUCCCCAAAUUUUAUUGAGGGGGGUGGGAUAAGUUUUAUGCGUUAUCUGGUUGCGGACUCGGAAUGGCAUGAACAUGAUCCGAGUCUACUACAAAACCUGUCCAAAUGCUCAGGACCAACCGAAGCAGGAGUCAAGCCUGCUCCUCUUCCACCUCCAGACAAGGCGCGGUUGAUUUUUGAUAAGUAUUUGAACGGAUCUCAUGUCCAGAACCCUUUUCUCCUUCGGCGCGACAUUCAGAGUACCUAUAGCAGAGUGUUUUUAUCUACUUCUGAAAACCAACAGCCUGGAUUUCCUGAACAACAUGCAAGCCAUGAUCUUUUCCGAGCUUUCAUGAUUCUUGCUAUUGGAUCGGUUCUCCCUUAUCGCAACGGUGAAUUUGAGCAUCAUCCAUAUGGUUACUAUCUAUCUGCAUUGAAAUUUUUCGAUGAUAAGUUCCUCUCCGGAGGACUUGCCUCCAUUCAAGAUCUCCUGCUCAUCGGCCGUUUUGCAAUAUACCAUCACAUCGGAACCUCUAUCUGGGAGGUUACUCGGCUGGGUAUGCGCAUGUGUAUAGAACAAGGUCUACAAAAAUCAACCCUCCUUAGCCGCAAGAUUGGGCUUUUAGAAGAGCAACUUCAACGACGCGUCUUCUGGGAAUGCUAUAUGAUCGAUCGAUAUAGCUCAAUCACAUUGGUCCGUCCGUUUGCCAUCGGGGACAAAUACAUUCACACUGGAUUUCCGGUGGAUGCGAAUGAUGAGGAAAUCGAAGCCGCGGAGGCCUCCGGUGCCUUUCCUGACCUGGACUCUUUCGGUUCCACAUAUUCUCUCACCUCGGUUUCUACGAGAACCACCGAGAUGUCUGUCUUCUUUGCUUGUCUAAGACUCCGACAAAUUACUUCCCAAAUUCAUCGUGAAUUUGGUGACAGAGCAAUUCGUCGGGAUGGGCAAAAUGACGAUACAGCGAGAGGGGUCAUCUACUCUAGUCUGGACAAGCUGCUGAAGGAACUACAACAGUGGCGUUCCUCCACACCGGUAUUCCAUAACCCACAAAAUCUCUAUCAGAUGCAGGAGUGGUAUGACCUCCUUUUUCUGAGGGAACGACUGUUACUGGUCAGAAAAGCGAUUGAUAUUGUCCCAAAGCGAGACAACAUUCCACCAAGAGAUCUUUUGUCUCUGUGCCUUGAGUGCGCAUUCGGGGCCAUCACAUGCUUCUAUCGACUUUUUGAACUGAGGAAGAUCACGUUCACUCGAAGUUACUUUCAAAUGCUCUUUACUGCCGGCCUCUCCGUGAUGUUCUGCUUGUCAGUCGUGAGGGACUUUGAUCAAUUAACCAUUCGCAAUGGUACCGACGCAGUGAUCAUGGGCGAGAACUCUCUGAAGAAAAUGAGCAAGGAGCUGCCCGACGCAAAGCGCUAUGUUGCCGUCUACGAAGCUCUGCGGCGGUAUGUUGUUCGCAAAUACAGUCGCCAGUUGCAAGUCGAGUCUCUGAGAAAUGCUCAUCCUACGCUGGAGGCGAACCACGAAUUACCUCAAUCUGCUGCACCAGCACUGAUGCUUGACCCGAAAACAUGCAAUGGCCAAUACGAUGGUCGAACCCUCUUGGAAGACACUGGAGUGCUGGCUGCUGGUGCGAACUUAUCUCCAAGCCAUCAUGCUCAAUCUUCGCUUCAUGCCCCAUGCACCGAACCUGCAUUCACCUCUGACACCAUCGUUGGAAUGCAAGGAGACGCAAGCAUAUCCAAAGAUUCCGUACUUUCCUGGGAUAUAUUCGAAGAUGACGCGUUAUGGAAUAUGGAAGCUGGUUUGAACGAGUAUGCCUACGGAGACCCUCCACUGAAUUUGCUGGAUAAUUCAUUUGAUUGGCACCACAUGCUAGGAUAG